CCGCAUCUGUAGUGACAACAAACGGCAUCAUGGAAACCAGUCUUGCCUAGUAACUAUUGAGUCGUGUAACGUGAUUAUAUUGAUAUAUUAGUUUUUAUAAAUAUUUAAUAUUGAAAUAUAUGAAGUAUGGAUACAGAACUCAACAAACGGCACCAGCAUCGUGCCCUUCCACCAAUGCCAAGCCAAGACACUGUAGUUUCAACAGAUGAGAUGCCACUUGGCAAGCCUAAAAAGAAAAAGUUCAAAACAAGCAAUGGAAUAGGUAAGACAGAAGAGUCUAUAAUGCAGCCUGGCAGCUGGCGACGUUCAGAAAGCAAAGAACCUCUGACUCCAGAACAUCUCGACAUGCCGCCACAGCGUAAGAGAAAGAAGGAAAAGUCAUUGCAAACACCCGAUUGUGAAACAUCCUUUAUGCAGAACACCCCAUCAGAACCCUCCAUGCAGACGGAGAUGGUGAAUGACAAUAGUGCAGACAAUCAGGAUGAGGAAGAAGUGAUCCGCAAGCCACAGAAGAGAACCAUGAAAACCCGUCCCUCUGAUCUCCAGUACGCCAAUGAGCUUGGAGUGGAAGAGGAUGACAUCAUCACAGACGUCCAACCACCCAUUUCACCGCACGUACUUUUCACAGCUCCCAUCGGCAACAGCCAGCCAGUGGGAAAAGUGUUUGUGGAAAGAAACCGGCGAUUUCAAGCUGCGGACAGGUCAGAGCUGAGUAAACCUGCUGAACAAGCAGAUGAUUAUAUGGAGGUGAAAUCCUUGUGGACAACAAGGGGUGUGGCAGUGUGCGUGCACCGGGGCUUCAGAGUGAUAGGCCUGUUCUCUCACGGGUUCCUCACCGGAUAUGCUGUGUGGAAUAUCACUGUGGUGUACGUGCUGGCUGGAAACCAGCUCACUACCCUCCCAAACCUGUUACAACAAUACAAGACUUUGGCCUAUCCAGCACAGUCCCUCCUCUACCUUCUACUGGCUGUCAGCACAGUGUCUGCAUUCGACAGGGUUAACCUGGCCAGGAUGUCUAUGACACUGCGUGGCUUUCUGACACUGAACCCUGCAACUCUGGCCUCUUUCUUGUAUUGUGUUGCUCUGAUUCUGUCUUUAAGCCAACAAAUGACCAGCGACAGGAUAAACCUUUAUACAUCACAAUCUGCCAAUGACACCCUAUGGCCUUCCGGCUCUGAGCAUCAGAUCCUCCAGCCCUGGAUUGCAGUCAAUCUGGUGGUGGCCAUCCUGGUUGGAAUAGCCUGGGUUUUCCUCUCUGCCACACCAGAAAUGGAUUACACUGAAGAUCUCAUAUUUGCCAUGGAAGUGGAAGAAUACCCAAAACCAGAAAAAAAAAAGAAACUCAAGCCUGAAGUGUUUGUACACUAGUUUUUAAAUUAUGUAUUCAUUGUUAUAUUGUUGUGAAAUGUUUUUCAGAAAUAUAUUUUUGUAUGUUGUUUUAUCAGGUAGAUAAUAUUUUUUAUUUGAAAAACUUCUUUAAAACUGUCAUAUUGUUCCACAUUUUUAAGGCAGGUCUUUCAAGGGAAUAUAGUUAGUAUUACUGACUGGAAAUUUGAAGAGACAUUAAAGUCAAUACAACACUACUGCUGCUGUCAGGAUUUCUGAUAUUCCCAAAACACUAGGAACUUCUUAAGCACAAUAUCAGACUGCAGGCUUUAAAGCUUUGCUUUUGGGAAUUUUGAACUGCAGUAAUUUUAACUUGCAAAUUUAUUUUUGUUCACUGAAACAAUACAUUCUAGAGAAAAUGAAUGUUGUCAAACAGUCUGGUGACAUGUACAUUAAUUACAAACCUGUAAAAUGUGAUUUGUAUUGCUACACUCCACUGGUGGUAAAACUAGCUGAAAGAUAAGCAAAGGAAGGAAGGUAUAAAGUCAAUUUGUUCUUAAGAUGUAUUAAAAUAGGAUCCCACUAGACCAGCUUGUCCUAAUUCAUAUUUGGAAGGAAAUUUGUCUUUAAAAUAUUCUUUGUUAGUCUAAUGGGAGACAAGACAUCAUUGAAGCGUGUCUAUGUGUCUGGCUACUGAUCAGAAGGAGGGAAAAAAUCUCUGUGACAGGCUAAAUUUAACUAAUGUUUAUAUUUUUAGUUCUCAGACAAAUAUUUGAAUAGUAAAACAAACAAAUUUAGCAGUAAUUUAGCAUUUAUUUUUUGGCCUUUACAAAGUAAGAGAGCUCCAUCAAUAAAGAGAAAAAACCUAAGGCCAACAGAACAAUGUUAGGUUCUGUCUUCAUUUUGAAAAAGUUUUUCAUGAGGUCCUGUUUUUGAAAUACCUAUUAAAGCAGACAGCUUAUACUUCUAGUAACAGGCCUAACAUCUUAAAAUAUUCUGUUAAAGACUACAAUAGAGACUGUUAAAAACAUAGAUACAUUGUCUACAUUUCAGAAAAUUAUGUAAAAAUGGUUUGGAACGAUAUAAAUUGUUACCCUGGGGCUUAUGUUUAAAGCAUAUUUUUUUCCCCCUGACAAAUAGUAUUGUUUAUUUUAUUAUUAUUAUGUAAAUGUAUACAGUAUUAAUGUAAAAUGUCCCAUUGAUUGGGGUUAUGUCUCCAAGUACAGGGCAAAAACGUGCCAGGACGUUUGCUAGAGGAGUUUUAUAUACAUGUAUUUCCUUAUACAGUAUAUCACGAAAUUAUUAAAUAUAUGAGAAACAAAUAUUUUUUUAAAAAUAUAUACAUAAAUACUUUGAUUUACAGAGUUUAAUUUAGAAAACCACCCUAAAUGCAUCUCAUAUAGCAGAGUUCCAUAGUGGAGUGAUGCUUUUAACAGAUAACCUCAGAUAAAUUAUUUAUGGGUCAAUCCAUUAACACCUGUAGUAGCAGGUCUAUGCAUUAUUGUUAUAUAAUUCAUGAAGCUGUGCAGUAUUUGAGAUACAGUUGAGAUGUCUGAGCUUAUCAAUCCAAUAGUCCACAAAUGGAAGUUGUACUGCAAGUCAGCAGCUUUAAGUUAAUGCAUCGUUGUUCGUUUUCAACCAGGUGGUGCUUCUUGUUACACAAUCUUGUUUGAGAAAUCUCAAAGUUGAGCCUAAGUCAGUCAUGAAUUUACAUCAUAAAACCCAGUUAACACUGGAAAAUCUCAAUUCAAGAGAUAGGAGGAAUGAAAGCACUAAAUAUUUGAGUUGAAGUAAGUCCAUCAGGGACAGCUUUACAAUAUAUUAGGUUUCCUGUGCAGCGCAGGACUGUUCGGUAUCUGCACAAAGUAGGAAUACUUUGAAUGUCAAAAAAAUCAUGUUGGUAUAUUUUCAUAAACAUGUUAUCUUGAGUAAGUACUGGAGUCUAAAUAAUGCUGACUUGGAUAACUGUUCAUCCCAGUAAACAAGUGUAUUACCUGCCUAUCACUGUCAGAACAACACUGAUUCAAUGUGACAAGGUGGUCACACUGUUCUGUAUAUAGCCUGUUGUGUUAAAAUAAGGUUUGAUAUUCAUAAAACAUUUCACGCUUGUCCUAAAAAGGGGUUAGAGUUUAUCCUUGUGUUUCAACAUGCCCUCUAACCUUAGAGAAAGUUUAACAUUAAAUUUACAAUUGAUAUAUUCCUACUGUCGUUACAUUUGUCAGGAAUAACCACGAAAAUUCAUGUGUAUCUUUUAUUUUUAUUUCUGUGUAGUCUUGCUGUGGUUACUGAAUCUAUAGUAUUCAUAAUCCAUUCCACUAUUUUGUGAAGCCCAAAGAUCUACAUAAAAUAGAUUGGGGCACCAACCAAUAAAGUAAAUGAAACCAUUGCUUCAUAUAUCCCAAGCAUUCUAGCAUUCAUCACUUAAUUGUCUUUUAUUGAGUAAAUUGCAGUUUCAUUUCAUAGACAGAACAAAAGGCAAAUU